UGCCAUGCAUAGACCAACGGUUGCCGCCAAAGAGUGUUAUGGCUUAGUUACGACUUUCAGUUCCGUAGGAGAUUUCUAUUUUUUUAAAGAGUGUGUGUAUGUCUCGUCCUCCACAUUUACCGGUAACGUUAUAAGCCGGUUAAAGCUCCGUGAUGUCCUGCACGCGGCUGCUCAGACUGCGGGUCAACGAGCGACUGGAAGCGGCCGUGGAGGAGAUCUUUGGACUCGUUGAGAAGACGAUAGAGGAGUACGAGGAAGGAGCUGUCCGCUCCAAGAGAGAAAUCCUCCAGCUGAAGGAGCAGAUCGAGCAGCUGACCGUUUUAAAGCCGGAAGUAAUUUUAAACAAAGCAGAUAACCAGCCAGUCUUUGAGGGACUGCCUCCGUCAUUGCAGCAAUAUGGGAUUAUGGUGGAAGAGGUUCCCGUUCUGGACGAAGCAAAGAUCCAGCAGCCCCCACUGGUCAAAGAGGAGCCGGUGGACGUGUGCAUCUCAAAAGGCACGGAGGUUGUCAAUAAUGCUGCAAUCAAGAGAGAAAUGAACCGUCUGAAACAGCUCAUCAAGCCGCUGGCCAUUUUAAAAGCUGCAGAAACACCAUUCAGAGCAGACACAGAGGAGAUUUUUCCUUCACAGCAGCCAGACUGUCUUAACAAUGUGGAGGAAAUCAAGACCCAGAUCAAAGAGGAGCCGGUGGAGAGGUGCAUCAGUCCAGACAUGGAGGCUGAUACUUCCAACGAGGAUGAAGUCGGACAUCCUGAUUCAGAACCAGACACUAACUAUGAGCUGCUCCCGCCUUCCAUCGACGUCGAAUGGAACGCAAUAGAUGGUUCAUUGUCGGCUCGUCAGAGUCGGAGCGCUGCUCUGGAGCAGCCUGGGAGGGACGACAAGUCUUGCCGUUUCUGCGGUAACCAUUUUAGGAAGGACUCUUUUCUUAUCAAACACGUAGCCAUGAGUCACAAAGGACACAGAGCCUUUAAAUGCCUGCAGUGCAACAAGGAGUUUGAACAAAGGUACCGGAUGGUCAUACACACAAGGAUUCACACUGGUGAAAAGCCCUUCAGCUGUGACUACUGUGACAAAACAUUCGCUCAGAACUCAGGUCGUAAUGUCCACAUGAAGCACCAUACUGGAGAGAAACCAAGCGAUCAUUCAAAAUACGGCAAAAUGCAGAACGAGUGCAAAAUCAAACCAGAAAAGAGGAACGUAGACGAGUUUUUAAAGUGCUUUGAAUGCAACAAGGAAUUCAGACACAAGCAGCAGCUCGUUCGGCAUAUGAGAACUCACACGGGCGAAAAAACCUUCAGCUGCGACUUCUGCGGCAAAGCUUUCUCUCAGGACUGUAAUCGAAUCUCUCACAUGAGGCAGCACACGGGAGAGAAGCCGUAUUUCUGUAAGAAUUGCGGGAAAUUCUUUUCCCGAAACAGGCACAUCAACUGUUGCACAGCCACGCCGCAGCUCAGGAACAGGGACGAGGUUCCCAAAAGAGGGAAGGCCUUCAAAUGCUUCGUGUGCAACCAGGCGUUCAAACGAAAGCACCUGCUCAUCCAACACGCCAGAGUUCACACCGGAGAAAAGCCCUUUGCUUGCGACUUCUGCGGCAAAAGAUUCACUCGGAGUGCGACGUGUAUUAUUCACAUGAGGGAGCACGCCGGAGAGAAACCGUAUCCUUGUGAGAAAUGUGGGAACGGGUUCACCAGCGGAAGUAGCCGGGUCCGGCACGCCAAGUGCUGCACAGGGACGCAAGACAACAACAGCACCAACAACCUCGCUGCACAACUUGUCGAACAUUUCACACAGAAACUGCAAGUACAGCAGUUAAAAGAGGAAAAAACGUCAGAAUGAGACCAAAUAUUUGAUCUAAAAUGGGCAAAUCAGUGUCUAGGAAUGACCUGUUUGAACUAAAAUCUUCUCUCUUUUAGCCAAGUAAGAAACUAUAUUCACCAGUUUUUGAGGAAACAAUUAAAAUGUUGGAUUGUGUCAUUUAUGAUUUGACUGCUUCAUCUGGAGUCAUUUCUUUCUUUUCUUUUAUUUAUGGUGGAGAAGCAAAUAAACUUGUUUGGCUUUAACAUCACUGCAGUUACACAUGACAGGUGGUGUCUUCAGAGGUUAGAUGUGAAUUAAAUUUCUUUGAUUAUCAACAUCCUUCAGGUUUAUCUGUUCUGUUCUGACCUGGUAGCUACUUAAGUAUUAUUUGAGUGCUUUUUAAGUUAUAACAAGUUCAAGUGUUCAAAAUGGGGGAAAAAAUGUUCAGUUUGUCCUGAAACGAGCUGUCUUUCCAUUGUUCACAUUUAAAUAUUAAUUGUUUUGUUGUAAAUGAAAAUAAAAAAAUAA